AGAACACAAUAGUAUUUAAUAUUUUAUUUAGUAGGUACGACGACACCGUCUUAUAAUGUUGGUUUUCAGUGGUUUAAUUAAGUUAAUCAAUAUAUGAAUGUUAUUAUAAUAUGAUCUGAAGUGAAAUUCAUCUAAGCUUUACGGAAUCAAAUGUUACUUUUAAUGGUAUGAAGUCCCGUUUUCUCUCUAGUCCUAGCCUAACUUAUUUAUCUUGUUGAGUUUUCCAAACCUUUAUAUGAUUUUAAGUUUAUUUAAGUCCAUACUAAAUGCCAAUUUAAUAUUUUGUAGGCUAGGCCUACAAUGUGUCACGUUUAUGGGAAAAAUCAGCUAUUGUUGUAAGUUGAAGUAAAAUUGAAAGUGUUGAAUGGCCUGAUAAAAUUUAGAUUUUUGAAGCUAACUUAAUUCGUAAAAUGGCUAGUCAAACAAAUAACUUACCCUUCCAUUUAAUACCUAAAUCACAAUAAAUGGAGGCAGAUCCUAUAAGUGUAAUAUUGGUUAAAAGUGACAGCAAGGGUGAUAGACUUUUGUUUCGGUAUCCAUAUACCAAAGAUGGUAGGUCCGAAUCAAAUCAACAACAUCGUAAAAAGAACCCAUACACUUUAAAUACAACAGAAGACAUCUUGCAAGGCCCAGCGCCACAAACAUUUAACAUUGAUAAAGGACACCUAACUGGGUUUACGGAUGAAGUGCUAUCAACGUUGUUUGCUGUAAAACAAGAGUUAUGUGAAGCAAAGUUUGAACUAAAAGUAAAUGAUGUCAGGUUUGUUGGACAUCCAACACUCUUACAAUCAAGCCUAAGAAAGAACUCUUCGGACAGUAAACAAGGAAAUCCAUCAUGUGUGUUGAUUCAUAUUGUGUUUGCUUUACAAGCAGUUGCCAAUCAUUCUAUCGUUAAAUGUUACUAUGAUCUAAGCAAGAGAUUGGGUGUUGCAUUAAGACAUGAAGAGAAACGGUGUGGAUAUGUAACUGAUCAGAUGAAGCAAAUGAUUCUCGCUCAUGACGAAGUUACAGCCAGGCAAGAAGAAGACGGAGGGAAACCAGACAAUAAGACCUCUCCUUUUGAUAUAAUCCUACAGCGGUGUAGCUUAGCAAGUGCACUCCGCACAGUGUAUGAUGACCUGAUGUCGACUGGUCUCGUGAGAUUACGUAUCAAUAGGUGGAUACAACUCACGUUUUGUCUGCCACAGAAAGUUCACCAGUUCCACAAAAAGGGAUUUAUGAUUGAGCCGGAAACCAUUGAUAGGUGUCUGCAGAGUCUAAGGCCGUAUCACGGACUGUUGCUGCUGAUAGAGCCAAGCCAUCUGUUGGACAGUAUGCCACUGGACUCGUCCCCAGCCUUGCUGAGGCUGCUCAAGAUGUACAGUCCGCUUAAAAGUCUACAGACACUGUCGGCCGAUGCAGAUCUUACGCUGGCCCAAGUGUUCAACCUCACAGGCCACCUAGUCUACUGGGGACACGCCAUCAUCAUAUACCCAUUGUGUGAAAGUAACGUUUACGUUGUUUCUCCUGAUGCGCCUACACAUGCCAACUCUCCGUUAGUGGAGAAAUUCUCAGAGCACUUUCCUGGAGAAUCACUAUUGGAGGUGAUGAGUGAGUUCUCAGCCCCCGUGUCACUACGUCACAAGCUAAGUCCUGUCAGCCAGCCUCAGCAGACUGCUAGGCUGCUGCAGACUGUGGUGUGGUUGUUGCAGAAUCGCUUGUUACUGCAGCUGCAUACUUACAUGUACUUCAUGCCUACAGAGCGGGGACUGAGUCAGACACAGGACAACAACCAAUGCCGCAACGUAUCUCAGAGGGAGUCUAGUCAGUUGUCCACUCCAGACGACACAUUGAGUCAGAGUGUGACCAGAGCAGCCAGUGAGACGGACGUCAGCUCUACCAUCAGUGACGAGGCAGCUCCCAUGACCACAGUGCAGACUAACACUUGGUUGGACAAAAGUACAGAAAGCAUCAUUCACGAAGACUUGCUCACAGACUUCACGGAGGAAGAGCGAGCGGCCAUUUUGAAAGUUCCAGCGGCAGCUAACGCAGAAGAUCUGAAACUCUUGGUUCGCCUCGUACAUCAGGGUUAUCUACAUGGCAUGCACCACUUGGAGGAGAUCAUGUAUUUGGAGAACGUGCGAAGAUCACAACUGUUACAGUUGUUGGAUAAGUUUCGAGAAGUUUUGAUCACUUGCGAGACGGAAGAUCCAGCAAUCUCUAUGUUCUAUUUGCAUUCUUCGUGAUAGUUGUGUAAUGUAUAGGGUUUUUGUUUUAUGUUUUACCACACCAUUGAUAUUCUUAUUCAUGUUUUUUGUAAAGUCAAAACCUGGUGUUGUAGCUUUAGUUGAAUGGUUUUAGGGAUUGCCUAAUAGGUCACUGGUACUGAGUUAGGUCUGGUCACACUACUGCUCCAUGGUGGUUGAGACUAGUCCUUCCGUGGAAAAAUUAUUUGAAAGUUAAAAGCACACCGGUCUUAAACAUCAAAUAUAUUUGGAUUUUCCAUCUUCAUAUUACAACAACCAUUGUAAUUACUUCCCACUGGGGCAAUAUCAAAUACAUUGGUUGUAAAUUUUUAUAAACAAAUAUUAUCGACAUCACUAAAUUUUUGCAAGUGAACUCUAUAAAUAAAUUAAAAACAAUCGGGACAAAGAUUUAAAGGAAAUUUUUUCUUUCCAUUCUUCCUCUCCGCUAAACCAUAAGCUUCAAAUGACACCUUAAUCGUAAAAAUUGGCUAAGUAGGAUCGCUGAAAAAGGGAUACUAUAGAGAAAAUCUUUAUUGUUUUUUAAAUUUCAAACUUAACAUUAUACAUGUAAUAAACAAGUUUUUUUUGUAA